GCAAUACUGGACUUCCUAUCAAACCCUCUACGCUGCCGAGAGAUGCUGCAUUUUUAACCCACUUACACAUCCAUCCAUCCUCUCGGUAGUCGAAUGGGACUCGGACCUCGCGCGAUCUCAGUGCUCACGAAUACCUUCCACUCCUCAUCAACGCCUCGAUCAUCAUGAAGCUGCUGUUGUCUACCGGCAAUGUCAUGAGUGGAGGCUCAUCCGUUCGCCGCUCGCCCGCCACGAAAUCGAAUACAGAACUGAUCACAUCGCUACGAACCACCUUCGCCGAACAUUCGCUUCAGCUACCAUCCGAGAAUGCCCCUGCGGAAAAUGGCGAGACCGCAAGAGCCGACUAUCGUAGAUGGACCAGAACGGAGGAGGGUGUGCUCGAGGUUCCAACCUUGGACCUGAGCGAAUCUGCAUUAGCUGAAGAGCGCGAGCAAUAUGAUAUUACACUGAAGCUGUUCUAUCUGCCUGGAGCUUCCACGGAGCGGCGGGCGGCGCAGACUCGGGAAGCAGUCGAACUGGUCAUGAAAGCACUGCGUGUGUCCUCGAUCGAUUUGCUCAUCGUCUCGUUUCCCGGAAUUUAUUUCGAUGAGAAGGAGGACUGUCCCGACAAAAUAUCCACACGAGGCCCCGUCGAGGCGGACCCAGAACCCCUCGAAGGACAGAUAUCCGCAUGGCGUAACUUGGAAGCGCUUCAAAGAGAAGGUCUUGUGCAGAGACUUGGCCUCGCUGAAUUUGGAAAGGAACGAUUGGAGUCCUUACUGGAGCAGGUCAAGAUUUGGCCCAGCGUGGAUCAGAUUAACCUGCGUGACUGCUGUUCAGUGCCUGCAGAUCUCAUGGCCCUCGCAAAGAGCAGAAACGUGGAGCUUCUGGUACAUAACGAUUGCUCGAAUGUUCUGCCCAGAGGUACCCUCCGUGAAUUGCUAGGCUCCGGUGCGACAGGUGCUGGCAUACUCGCAGAUCCGCCACAAAGCGGAGGCAAGCGGAAAAACCUGCAUGGAGAGGAAGGUGUCAAUGGCGAUGCCGCUGGCGGCCUUUUGGGCGAGGUGCAUCCGCAAUGGGUAGUCAAGUAUACCGCUGUCGUCAAGAAUCGCGGUGUUGUGGAGAGCAAGGGCUACUUUGCAGUGGCCGAGCUGGUAGACUGAUUCAGUCAUCCGAUGGGGUAAAUUUUGGCUAGUAUAAGGAUGAAGCGCAGCUAGGAGGGCAGGAGCGAUGCGUUGCACACACCGACCGUCUCCAUGGACAGCCGUGCAGUGAGAAAUAGUGGAGAGGGUCCGCGCUUGGGGUCGAUCGGCUGUGGUGAGUCAAGGUGUGGCCUUCUGGCCACGCAAUCCGUGAUUCGGAGAGAGGCGUGAUCUCGGAAAGAAAGGUCAGCAUCCGCGUGCAAUUGACGCGGAUUGGCAGCGCAAAGUUCCGUC